AUGUGGAUGACAAUAACUUCAGUUGUACAUAUCGUAUUUCUUUCGCUCAUAACUGAUUUCAAAAUCAAACAUUUCCACAAUUCCAAAUUCAAUAUCGGCAGUAUCAACAACGUCACCAAUUUCGACACAAACCUUGACAACAACUACAACAACAACUACUACUACAACCUAGCACAACUCGAUGUAAAAUACUUGUCAACUUCAUUUUGGGAUACUUCGCCCCCAGUUACGUCAGCAGCGCAACAUAACGCAUAUCUUUCGCACGGACACAACAACACAAUUAACAAUUAUUCUCAUCAGAAAGACAACAACAACCGCAACAUCAACAACAACGGCAACAACAACCGCAACAUCAACAACCGCAACAUCAAAGCCAACAAAACAGCAAACAUCUCUAGAUUAAAAAGCAAGAAUGAUGAAUCAACAAAUAGAAAACAAAAAAACAAAGAUGUCGCAGUCAACAAUCAACUGAAGUCAACAGAACCAAGCCAGCCAAUUAUAGAAGGAGACAUAAGGUUAACAUUGAAACAGGCUACCUUCUUGCUGGAACGUUCGAAGAGAAGAAAAAAAAGAAAAUUGAUCGAACCAAUCACGAAACUCUGGACUCUGCCCAUAUUGUAUGCUUUUGAUGGCGGUCAUGGUCAGCAAGAGUACUUUUAUAUUUUUCUAAAAAAAAAUCAAACUCCCGUAAAUGCAGAAUUUGUUAUAAUUUGCAAAGCAAAGGAAAAAUAA